AUGUCAAUGGCGCGGAACGACCCGUGGAAGGUGAACUGGGGGAUCAUGGCUACCGGUGGUAUUGCCAAAAGCUUCACAAAGGACCUUUUGAUCGACCCCGCUUCCCGCGGUGCAGCUGACAUCCUCCACAUCGUCAGCGCCGUGGCCUCAUCCUCAUCCAAAGUACGCGUAGAGCAAUUCAUCGCGGAGCUCGGGAUCCCUUCCCCCUGCGCCGCCUAUGAUUCCUACGAGGAUCUGGCGAGGGACCCAAAUGUGGAUAUCAUCUACAUUGCUACUCCACACUCCCACCAUUUCCAGAACACCAUGCUUGCACUGGAGCAUGGCAAGCAUGUUCUAUGUGAGAAACCGUUUACGGUGAAUGCGGCGCAGGCGAAGAUUCUGGUGGAAACGGCGAGGAAAAAGGGUCUGUUUUUGAUGGAGGCGGUGUGGACGAGGUGUAUGCCGCUCUGUGUGCAGAUUAGGGACUUGGUCAGGGCCGGGGAGAUUGGAGAGGUAUUGAGAGUCACGGCAGAUACGAGCGUGGGAAGCGAUUUAGAGAAGGACUGGAGUCUGGACCAUAGGAUGGUGAAUAUGGAACUUGCAGGUGGUGCGCUGCUUGAUCUGGGCAUAUAUUCGCUGACAUGGGCUUUCCAAAUCCUUUAUCACACCCUUCAUCAGGACCGUGCUCCUCCAUCAGCAAUCUCGUCACAAAUGAUCAAAUAUCCUACUACAGGUGCUGACGAGUCUACAUCUAUCCUCCUUGAAUUCCCGCGCUCCACGCCUGGUGGGAAGUUUAAAAGCCAUGCCGUCGCCACAACAAGCAUCCGCGUAUCUAUCGACCCAGAUGAAAAAGGCACGGCAGGCCCUUCCAUACGCAUCCAAGGCACAGAUGGCGAAAUUCAAGUCUACGGCUAUGCAUUCCGUCCCACAAAGUAUAAGAUUAUACCCCGGAAAAUUGCGGGCCAGCCGGUCAAGGAUGUGAAAGAAGUCGAUGCCGUGUUUCCAGGAACCGGGAGGGGAAUGUAUUGGGAGGCCGAUGAAGCUGCAAGAUGUUUGAGGGCUGGAGAACGUGAAAGCGCUUAUAUGCCCUUAUCAGAGAGUUUGGCCAUUAUGGAGGUCAUGGAUGAGGUACGGAGGCAGGGUGGAUUGAAAUAUCCCGAAAGUAUCGAGUCGACUCAAUAUCCGCUUCAGCUUUGA